AUGGCCUGGGGUCAAAUUGACCGCAAGGUUCGUGCCACUCCCGACAACAUAAAAGAGGUCAAAACUGCCAUUCAAUCGGUGGAAUGUGAAAAUACGGCCAACUUUUCCGCUGCUUUGGAAUCGGCUUUCGAGUUGCUGCGAAGGUACAAUCAAAGCUCCCAGGGAAGUCAGUGCAAUCAAGCUAUCAUGUUGAUCACCGAUGGUCCGAGUGAUACCUUUGCGGAUGUGAUCAAGCAUUACAACCAUCCGCACAUGCCCGUUCGGAUUUUCACAUAUCUGAUCGGAACGGACAAAAGUAGUGGGAAGAAUUUGUACCAGAUGGCUUGCGAUAAUAAAGGUUUUUACGUUCAGAUCAACAGUGCUGAGGAAGCUAGACGGAAAGUGGUGGAAUAUGCGCUGGUGAUGGCUCGUCCGAUGGUGCUGUAUCAGGCGGAUCAUCCGGUGCACUGGAGUCCGGUAUUCACCGGUGGUCGCAGUGGCAUUCUAGGCCGAGAGAAUGAAAACAAGCGAAAGUUGGUGACCACCGUUUCGACUCCGGUCUUCGAUCGGCGGAAUCACUCCUCAAGGGCAGCUAACUUACUAGGGGUUGUCGGGACGGAUGUUCCCAUUGAAGAAAUUCAGAAAAUGAUCCCACAGCAUAGGUUGGGUGUGAAUGGUUACUCGUUCAUUGUAGAUAACAACGGUCGAGUUUUGUACCAUCCGGACCUACGGCCCAUAAGUGAUAAUGGUCAGUACAGCGCAUCUCUGAAGCAUAAGUACAACUCGGUUGAUUUGACCGAGGUAGAACUGCCAGAAGUGGAUAGUCCUACCAAUGGGAUCAAUGAACGGCAUGAGCAUAGGUUUACGAAUGUUCUUCAAGAGCUGCGCAACGAGAUGGUCCUUCAAAAAGAGGGCGAAAAUGAACUAACUGUUCUAACUCAUAUGGAUGGAAUGAAGCGAGUGACCAUGAGGCCUCAAAAAUAUUUCUACGGCCCAAUCGAUGGUACUCCAUUCUCGUUGGGAAUAGCUCUUCCUGACAACUACGGUAUUCAUGAGUUGAAUGCCCAAAUAGAGAUUCGGCAUUCUCAUAACAAUGUUUCUGAACACUUCCAAGGUAACAACUGGAAGGUGCACCCGGAUUGGGUGUACUGUGAGUACAACAGUCUGAAGGACGUUGAAAACAAUGGCGAGAGUACGACGGAAUCCACCUACCGGGAUAAGGACGAAAGCUUCGACACCCCCGAAGAGCAGGUGCUCCAUUUUCUGGCCCGCGUCGGCAGGCCUGGCUGGAAGUGGAUGUCGGUUCGUCCCCGGUCGCCUCAGCCACAUCAUGGCCACGGUGGAAUUCCGGCUGGGCAUUAUGCUCAACAUCACUUCAGUUCGCAAGGUUCCCGAAAAGCGGAACCAUACUAUUGCGAUCGUACUCUCGUCCAAAGUUUGGUUCGUGAUGCUAUCGUGACGGAUGGGUUGGAUCGUGCGUCGACCCAUCCCGGUAGGAAGGAGGACAGGAGCCCAAUCGCCACAUUGAUGGCCCUUUUGCACAGGCAAGGGUUUACCAUGUUUGAGAUAAAGACAACGUUCGUUGCUACUCGAGCCGGAUUGCUUCGGUGGUUCGACCAUAUGCCUCACAAUGAGAACGAUGAACCUCACUUCAGCGAGACCAAUGCCCGAGCGAUGGACAUGAGUUGGUAUAAGCGAGCAGUUGACCACCAUUCAAUCGAACCAGAUGGAUUUGUCUUCAGUGUGCCAUUUGAUUCUGGAUAUUCGGGCAAAAACAGUUCAACAUUGGUGACUGCAACGCAUGCACUUUUCCUAGACCAUCGCGGUCAUAAGGCCCCAGCAGCAGUCGUAGGUCUACAGUUUCAUCAUGAAUCUCUUGCGAAGCAUUUUAUCAACAUCACUUCAACAUGUACUGGAUCUAUGUCCUGCAAGAAGACUUGUGCGUCUGACGAACUGGACUGCUACCUGUUGGAUGACAAUGGUUUCGUCAUCCUGUCCGAACGAAACGAGCACACCGGAAAAUUCUUCGGACAAAUCGAUGGCACUAUCAUGGAUUCUCUCGUUCAGGAUCGCAUAUUUCGUAGGAUUGCCUUCAUGGACUACCAAGGAAUGUGUUCGGAUCGAGACAAUCCAUACACUGCCGCUGGAGAACCGCUGAAACCGGUUCGACCCAUGUCCUGGUUACUAAAGUACAUAGUCACCUUUGCAACCUACUGGCUAUCGAUCUUGCCCACUCCUGUUGCCUCCUGGCAGCAGAGCAAUAGCUACUAUGACAGCGAGAAUGAGUUUGAUGAAGUCUACGAGUACGAGACCAACUACGAAAUUCCAGCGGAACAUAACCCGUACGAUUCUACAACACCGGACUACGAAGUGCAUUCGACUCCAAUGCCACACAGGUCGCAGGCGACCUCCGGCCCACGGGUGAUACCCGAUCCCGCUCAUGCCAGACCAUGUGAUCUGAAGACAGAUUUGUACAUUUUGCAACCGGAUCGGUUGAACUCUAGUGGACAGAACAAUCCACUGAAGGGUAAACUGACAAACUGUCACUCCUCUGGAUGUGAGCGACCCUUCAGCGUGCAGAAGAUCCCACAUAGCAAUUUAAUUCUGCUGGUGGUGGAUGUGCUGUGUCCCUGCGGUUCCAAACAGCUGGACAUUGAACCGCAAGAGGUGCAUGGCGGUGCAGGGGCAUGCGGUGUACGCCGGAUGGCGAAGGAGAAAAUGCUUCGGAAGCGACCGAAUCGCUGCAUCAGCUAUCAUCCGGAGGAAAUCGAAAUUAAACAGUGUGGCAAGGCCAACGCCCUGUUCCGAGCGUCAAUCUUCUCGACGAUAGCGACGUUCGUGCUGAUAUGGGUGCUGACCAGUGCGUGAUAAAGCUUCUCUGACUAGACACUAAGACCGCACGGCUAUUAAAUACCAAACCGACUAACAAACUCUAACUAAUACAGCACAUUAACACUAACGAGUACGGAAUCAGUGAUGCCAGCAUAAUCAUGAAGGACGAAGAAGAAGAAGAAGCAGUAGCAGCAGCUGCCGCCAAAGUCAAGAGCGCAUUUGUGUUAUCCGAGGAUAACACCGUGGGUAUUUUUUUUUACAUGGACGUUAUUUUAAGCCGCGUAUGUUGCAAAGUCAGGAUCUGAUGAUUUGUGAUUGUUUUCCAAUUUUUGAGGUAGAGUUGGGCAUGAAAGUUUGCGAUAUGCAAGAUGCAGCACUUUGAACCUGGGAGGAACUAUAAGUUGUAAGAUGAGAGAUGUUAUAGAUGUAUACACUUAAAUUAAUGGUAACUCAGCAAACGAUUGAACGACCAGCUCUAAUAAGAACGUAAACAGACUAACGACAAUUGAACGAUAACAAAUCCCACUAACCGAAUCGAUGCCACCAGGUGUUAGACUUUUGCUAAGCAUUGAGAUCACAACUUGA